ACAGACAAAAGGCCCUUGUUUUCACUUGAAGCUGAGAAAAAAACACUAGGUGCCAUUUUUUUGCAGUUGACACGAUUUAAAAAAAGGUGUGAAACACCAAGYCGCUGUCGGUUCCUGCCUCGCGCCCUUUCCCACAGUCUGUCUUUCUGCGCACUCUCUCAUCAGGGCUCCAUGGCACGCAAGGGUGACAGUGGUGCUCAUCUCCAAAGUUUCACGCUCAUGGASCCGGAGAGUGAGAGCGCGCUGGUCCAGUCUAUCUACUACGGUAAAAUCGGUAAGGGGAAAACGGAAAGGUUGCUGGAGAGGCAUGGUAGAGAGGGGAGCUUUCUCCUGCGGGACAGCGAGAGUCUGCAAGGAAUGUAUUGCCUCUGCGUGAGAAAGACACCGUACGUCCACACUUACAGAAUCCACCACUCCUCUGAAGGAUGGACACUUCAGUUAUCCCCUGGGCAGAUGCUGCAGUGUUUCGGGACUCUGGAGAAGCUGAUAGAGAGCUGCAGAGCGGGGGUUGGUGCUGACAGCAUACCUCCUCUCACAGACCCCCUGGACAAAACACAGCUGAGAGACCAGAGGCUGCGGAGCGGUAGGACAUCAACACACACAKACACAUCACUCACACAGUGCUUGUAAUAUAGUUGUAAUGCUUUUAUCUUUUUCAACAGAGACGGCCUAUAUGGAAAUGUGAAGUGGGCGAUCUUGUACAUGUGUGUGUGUGUGUGUGUGUGUGUGUUGUGUGUGUGUGUGUGUGUGUGUGUGUGUGGUGUGUGUGUGUGUGUGUGUGUGUUUGUGCUCGCAUGUGUAUUCAAUUGAACCUUUAGGAGACAAUGCUUUUGUUGUUUACAAAAGUGCACCUGUUUAUGUCUUGUGGUUCCACAACUAGGCAUGUGUUUCCCAUGGAGAGAUGCUUUGACGUGUGUGUGUGUGUGUGUGGUUUGUGUGUGGUGU